AUGGCACAGAGAAGCAGCCUCGCAGUCCCCUAUGAAGUGCCCAUCCUUGCUGUUUGCUUUUUGGCAUGCGUAGCCACAGGUUUGGAACUGUCUGUAAAUAACCACGCUGCUGACUUCUCCCUCUCUACAUUGGCUGGCCCUCCCAUCUCCCUCUCCUGCCUAGUACAGAACAGCAGCCAGGCCGAGGAGCUGCUCUGGUACCGAGGAGAUGGGAUAGUGGAUCUGAAAGAUGGGAAUAAAGUGAACGUCAGUAACAUCUGUGUAUCCCCAGUCACUGAGUCCGACAAUGGAGUCACCUUCACAUGCAAGCUGGCACGGGACAAAUCUGUCCGGGUGUCUGUGAUCCUGGAUGUCCAGUUUCCUCCCCAGCUGACUGGAGAAGAGUCCCUCCAAAUCGAAGAAGACAAAGAUGUUACUCUGACCUGCAACACCAAAUCCAACCCUCAAGCCCAAACAGCUUGGUACAAGAACAACGCCACCUUGACCCUACAACAAAAUCGUUACCAGCUGUACCAGACCAGCGAGGUCUUUCAGCUCUCUAUCACAAAAGUACAGAAGUCUGACAACGGGACCUACACGUGCGUGAUGAAAUCUUCUUUGGGCGAGGGGAGAAAGGAUUUCCACCUGAUAGUUGAAGAUAAAAAACCUGUUUUUCCCACGGAGGCUGUUAUCGCUGCUGUGGUGGUGGUUACAAUCACGGUACUUUUUGGAAUUGUGGCUCGGAAAGAUAAAAUUUUUAAGUGCUUCAAAAGAUCAAGAGAAACAGCUCUGUAAGUAUAUGCCUGCUUAUCCAUGCAGCUUCCAAAUGAACCCCUUUCUUGAAGCCUUGGCAGAACUUUGGAAAGCAAAGAGCACUCAGCAGGCGAAACCCAACCACUCUGAGUUACCGAGCUCUUGUUCUGGCCGGCUAAGAGGAACCCGCACCUUCUCCCCCAGCGGAGAGGCCUCGCUGGGCAGAGGUGCAUAGGAAUGUGGUGGGUCACACGCAGAUCCCAGGCACCACACAGCUCCUGCCCAUCCCAGGUUCCUGGCUAUGCCGGUGUGGAGGCAGCAGGGAACAAAUGUAACAGCGUAUUCCCAGCCUGCUGAAAGCUUUCUGGAGCCGAAUGCAGCCCAAGUGAAUUCAACUCACUUGUUUUUUUUCCCUAGUA